GCGUCCCCAGAGGGAGCCCCUGCGCUCCGCGGCCGGGCGGAGAGCGCAGCCGGGCGCGCCCCAUCCCGCAGCCGGCUCCAGCCGCUCCGCAAGCCCCUGCGCACCCGCCGCCGCCUGCAGCAGGAGGAGCAGAGGGAGGAGGAGGAGGAGGAGGAAGGCAGCAGCAGCAGCCCGCCCGCAGCGGGGCACGCACGUGUGCGCGCAGCCCUCGACGGCCGCCCUCCAGCAUGCUGCGCGGAGCCUCGCAGGGCAGAGCGGCGGAGAGGAGCUGAUCGUGGCCGCGGGAGAAGAGCAGAGGACCGGCUCCGCUGAAACCUCCGUGCGUCCGUCCCAUCAGACCUCCCCAACCCCUCCGAGGGAGCGGCGGUCCCGCAGCAUGGGCGGCCGCAGCCCCCUCGCCGCCGGGCCCCGCGGGGCCGCUGUCCUGGUGCUGCUCCUGGGGUGCGUCGUUCUCUGCUCCGCCGUGGAGGAAAAGAAAGUUUGUCAAGGGACAAAUAACAAGCUGACCCAACUGGGACAUGUGGAAGACCAUUUCACCAGCCUGCAGAGGAUGUACAACAACUGCGAGGUGGUACUCAGCAACCUGGAGAUUACAUAUGUGGAGCACAAUCGUGAUCUCUCUUUCCUGAAGACGAUACAGGAGGUUGCAGGCUACGUGCUCAUCGCGCUUAACAUGGUGGAUGUCAUUCCCCUAGAAAACCUCCAGAUCAUCCGAGGCAAUGUGCUGUAUGACAACUCUUACGCUCUGGCAGUUUUAUCCAAUUACCACAUGAAUAAAACCCAGGGACUCCGAGAGCUGCCAAUGAAACGGUUGUCAGAAAUUCUCAAUGGAGGUGUUAAAAUCAGCAACAACCCCAAACUGUGCAACAUGGACACUGUUCUCUGGAAUGACAUCAUUGACACGAGCAAGAAGCCUCUCACGGUGCUUGAAUUUGCAAGCAACCUGUCUUCUUGUCCCAAAUGCCAUCCGAACUGCACAGAAGAAUACUGCUGGGGCCCUGGCGAACAGAACUGCCAGACAUUAACAAAAGUCAUCUGUGCCCAGCAGUGCUCCGGCCGGUGCAGGGGAAAGGUGCCCAGCGACUGCUGCCACAACCAGUGUGCCGCGGGGUGCACAGGGCCUCGGGAGAGCGACUGCCUGGCAUGCCGCAAGUUUCGGGAUGAUGCUACCUGUAAGGACACAUGUCCGCCAUUGGUCCUGUAUAACCCCACCACCUAUCAGAUGGAUGUCAACCCCGAUGGAAAAUACAGCUUUGGAGCCACUUGUGUGAGGGAAUGUCCACACAACUAUGUGGUGACAGACCACGGCUCCUGCGUUCGCUCCUGCAAUACCGAUACUUAUGAAGUGGAAGAAAACGGUGUUCGGAAGUGUAAAAAGUGUGAUGGGCUAUGCAGCAAAGUGUGCAACGGCAUUGGAAUAGGUGAACUUAAAGGGAUCCUCUCCAUAAAUGCAACAAACAUUGACUCCUUCAAAAAUUGUACUAAGAUCAACGGGGACGUCAGCAUUCUCCCAGUUGCAUUUCUAGGCGAUGCCUUCACGAAGACCCUACCCUUGGACCCCAAGAAGUUGGAUGUCUUCAAAACAGUCAAAGAAAUAUCAGGAUUUUUGUUGAUUCAGGCCUGGCCCGAUAAUGCUACUGAUCUCUAUGCUUUCGAAAAUCUGGAGAUUAUACGAGGCAGAACUAAGCAACAUGGCCAGUAUUCCCUCGCUGUUGUUAACUUGAAAAUACAGUCAUUGGGGCUGCGCUCCCUCAAGGAAAUAAGUGACGGAGAUGUUGCCAUUAUGAAGAACAAGAACCUCUGCUACGCUGACACCAUGGACUGGCGCAGCCUGUUUGCAACUCACAGCCAGAAAACAAAGAUUAUACAGAACAGAAAUAAAAAUGAGUGUGCUGCUGCCAGGCAUGUUUGUGACCCCCUGUGCUCAGACGUGGGCUGCUGGGGCCCCGGACCCUUCCACUGCUUCUCCUGCAGGUUUUUCGAUCGCCAGAAGGAGUGUGUGAAACAGUGCAAUAUCCUGCAAGGGGAGCCAAGAGAGUUUGAAAGGGACUUCAAGUGCCUCCCGUGCCACCCUGAGUGCCUGGUGCAAAACUCCACUGCAUACAACGCAACCUGCACUGGACCUGGCCCUGACAAUUGCAUGAAGUGUGCCCAUUUUAUAGAUGGCCCCCACUGUGUGAAAUCCUGCCCAGCGGGGGUUCUGGGCGAGAAUGACACCCUUGUCUGGAAAUACGCUGAUGGGAAUGCUGUUUGCCAGCUCUGCCAUCCAAACUGUACUCGGGGGUGCAAAGGGCCAGGUCUUGAAGGCUGUCCAAAUGGCUCCAAAAUUCCGUCUAUCGCAGCUGGCGUUGUUGGAGGUCUCCUGUGCCUGGUGGUGAUUGGCUUGGGCAUUGGCCUUUACUUGCGAAGGCGUCACAUCGUCAGAAAGAGGACCCUGCGCCGGCUGCUGCAGGAGAGGGAACUUGUCGAACCACUGACACCCAGCGGGGAGGCACCAAACCAAGCUCAUCUGAGAAUUUUAAAGGAAACAGAAUUUAAAAAGGUCAAAGUUUUAGGCUCUGGAGCUUUUGGCACCGUUUAUAAGGGACUUUGGAUCCCAGAAGGGGAGAAGGUUAAAAUUCCUGUCGCUAUUAAAGAGUUGAGAGAGGCUACAUCACCAAAAGCCAACAAGGAAAUACUUGAUGAAGCUUAUGUGAUGGCUAGUGUUGACAAUCCUCAUGUGUGCCGCUUGUUGGGAAUCUGCCUCACUUCUACAGUUCAGCUUAUCACACAGCUGAUGCCUUAUGGCUGCCUCCUUGAUUACAUUCGAGAGCACAAGGACAACAUCGGCUCCCAGUACCUUCUCAACUGGUGUGUGCAGAUUGCAAAGGGAAUGAACUAUUUGGAGGAGCGUCGCCUGGUGCACCGUGACCUUGCUGCCAGGAAUGUCCUCGUUAAGACUCCUCAACACGUGAAAAUCACGGACUUUGGGCUGGCAAAGCUGCUAGGCGCCGACGAGAAGGAGUAUCACGCUGAGGGAGGCAAGGUUCCUAUUAAAUGGAUGGCCUUGGAGUCAAUUUUACACCGGAUUUACACUCAUCAAAGUGAUGUCUGGAGUUAUGGUGUGACAGUUUGGGAGCUGAUGACAUUUGGGUCCAAGCCCUACGACGGGAUCCCCGCCAGUGAAAUCUCCUCUGUCUUGGAGAAGGGCGAGCGUUUGCCCCAGCCCCCAAUCUGUACUAUCGAUGUGUACAUGAUCAUGGUCAAAUGCUGGAUGAUUGAUGCAGACAGCCGUCCCAAGUUCCGCGAACUGAUAGCAGAGUUCUCGAAAAUGGCCCGUGACCCCUCACGCUAUCUCGUUAUACAGGGAGACGAUAGGAUGCACCUGCCUAGCCCUACAGACUCCAAGUUUUAUCGCACCCUGAUGGAGGAGGAGGACAUGGAAGAUAUAGUGGACGCGGACGAGUAUCUUGUGCCACACCAGGGCUUUUUCAACAGCCCCUCAACAUCCCGCACUCCUCUCUUGAGUUCAUUGAGUGCUACUAGCAACAACUCUGCUACAACGUGCAUUGACAGAAACGGGCAGGGGCACCCUGUGAGGGAAGACAGCUUUGUCCAGAGAUAUAGCUCAGACCCGACAGGCGCUUUCUUGGAGGACAGCAUAGACGAUGGCUUCCUACCAGCCCCAGAGUAUGUAAACCAGUUGGUGCCCAAGAAAGCAUCUGCCUCAGCAGUCCAGAAUCCAAUCUACAACAACUUCUCACUCACAGCAAACUCAAAGGUCCCCACGGACUCCAGCUACCAGAAUUCACACAGCACAGCUGUGGACAACCCUGAGUAUCUCAACACCAACCAGUCUCCACUGGCCAAGACAGUCUUUGAGAGCUCUCCUUACUGGAUCCAGGCGGGCAACCACCAAAUAAAUCUGGACAAUCCUGACUACCAGCAGGACUUCUUACCGAAGGAAACCAAACCUAAUGGUCUUUUGAAAGUUCCUGCGGCAGAGAACCCAGAGUACUUGAGGGUAGCAGCACCAAAAAGUGAAUACAUUGAAGCCUCGGCAUGACCGUAGAGAACUUCUUGCAGCGAGGCAAGCCAGACUCUCGGUGAAUCACCUGGCUGCUGCAAGAACAGAUUCUUGCUCGUAGCAAACAGCGACUGCACUGCAUCAAUAAGCACACCUUUCCUUUUCAGCAUGGGGGCUGAAACUGCGAAGCCUAUCUGAUGGUAGUUUGGGUCUUUUCUUGCCCAUUUCCACGUAAUAACUUAGGCCCAUAGCCUGCAUUUGGAUACAGGUUGGGAAUGGAGUGGGAUAUUCCUGGGCAGAAGAAAUACAGAUGCAUUCCUUUAAUUUUCAAAUGGUAGCAUGGUAAGAAGCCACUCUGGGAUGAACUUGAGAGCUGUACACAUUGUACAGUCAAAUUUCUUUCUACAGACUGUAUUUUUAUAAAUGUUUCUAACAGAAUUUUUGGAUCUUUUACAAGAUCAGAUGCUUGUACUGCUGGUCUGCUAUGUGGUACUCAGAUCACCAGCAGGAAAAAAAAAUAAUGUUACUAAAUAGUUUUCCAAAACUCCUGGAACAGAAACAGUUAUUCCAAACCACCGGAUUUUUACAAAUUGGCUCCAUAUACUGCUUCUUGGCAUGAAGAGAAGUGCAUCUGGGGGACACGUGGGAGAUUCUGCCCAGGGCAGUAUAGAAUGGAUCACUCUGGGGAAGACUAGCACAAGGAGCAAAAUGACAUGACGCAUCACCUAUUGACCACUACUGCUAAAAACUGACAGGAGGAACUCAACUCAAAAUUGUCUGUACAUGGUUAUAAAGUGCUCGCUAGUCUGCUUUCUGAUGGUCAAAUGCAAGACUUUUUUUUCCUGAUCCCUUAUGCAGCUGUCAAGUUGUCAAAAUGCCUUUCUUCUUCAACAAAACUGUUAAAGAUGUUGCCAUAACUGAAAAAUGAAGUGUCAAAUAAUAUUUAACAGACUUUAAUUAAAUGUCAAGGAAAUGCAAAUGGUGGCAAAUUGGAGCAUUCACGAGACAGACUGGAAGAACUAUGGUAAAUUAAACUUGACUAGGGCAAGAAACACAGGUAGUUCUAAUCAAGCAGUUUUAUUUCCCUUCUUAAAGGGGCUCAGAGCAGAAAUCAUUUUCCCUUACACAUUUGGCAAAGAAAAGGGGUAUAUCAGUGUUACACUUUACUCACUUCAAGGCAGAAUACUGCUAAUUGCUGUACCAUGCUGGGGCAGAGGCUGGGGCUGGUCGCCUGUCCCUUUGGCGUUACAUAUCCUGGCAAUGCAGGAGGGACAGUGAGAAUGAAUAAAGGAAAGGAAGAAUAAUCUGGAGUGAUGGAAAAUAUUAUCUCCCUCUUCUGAAACACAGGGCUGCCUAGUGCUUCUUUAAAAUACCCAGCAUCAUCUUCUGUUACCAGUGUGGAAUAGGCAGACUAGGCAAGGCUAAGAUUUUAGCUUCAUAGGAUAAAUCAAUCACAGCAGCAAAAGCAGCUACUCUUUCCAGGGGCCUGUGAUACAGAAUUUCAGAUUCUUCCAUCAUUAACAUUUCUUAUGAAUGUAGGAGGAGUAAAAUGCCUAAAGUGUGAAUUUAGUCAGUAAUUUAGGUGCAUCCCACCAGCAGUUUGGCAGUGCUAUUUAAAUCAAACGACUAGAUCAGAAAGCAAAUGUACAUUUAGUGAUUUUGGUACAAAGGCCCUUGACUAGUUGAACAUUGGCAACUUGCUUGAGGGUAGUAUAAGCAGCUGAGUUGCAGAGGAUAUGUAGUCUAUAUUAAGUAGCAAGAAAUAGUCAAAUUUAUGCCACCACCGUGUUUUGAAUAUAUCAGUAUGUGUUUCAGUUUAAGUAUUGCAUCUGGUGUCCAGGAUCAAGCAGCAAAUCCUCAGAACGUUGUUUUAACUGAUUUAUUGAGGAAUGAAGGAGAAGAAUGGUCAUGUGAAAUGACCCCUUUUAUAAGUAACACUGUGUAAAAUGCAUUAGCAGCUUGUGUGGUUGCAGUAGUUCAUCGGCCACACUGCAGUCUAGGGUAGAGCAAUAUAUUGGGUCAAAAUCCAAAGAUUGUCCUGUUUGGUACAUCUGUGUCACCGUGACCAAGUCCCAGGCACAGCAGUAUGGAGAAUGCAACGUUUCACUUUGAUUAUUACUGGCUUGUAUUUAAAACGCUAACCAAAAUUCAGUUCCCACGUCCAAUUAGUGGCAGAUUUCUCCUUGCAUUCCUGAGAGCAGAUUUGUUGUGUUGCUCUCACAAGCGUGCAACAUGUACACACAGGCAGUGCUGCUUUUCUCCACCCACUGCCCCGGGAGGAAUGUAUAUAAACAAAAAAAAAAAAUCUUAACAGAAAUCACAGAUAAUUUUCACUUUGCUAAAUCUGUUAUGUCUGCAAGCAGAACACUAGAAAAUCACAUAGUGCACGUUCUCCUGCAGAAUCUUUCCGACACUUGUGCAAAAGAAUGUACUGAUGUUUUGGUUUAAUCUAUUAGCUAAAACAAGAAAGUGACUAAGAAGUAGCAAUAUGUAUCACCAGCAUUAUGUAGCAUGAACAUUAUUUAAUAGAGGUUAAUAUGCUUGCCCAUAACAAUUUAGGAGGGAUUCAACAGCGACUCAUUGCUAGAAACAGGGAGAUUCAUCUAAAAAUUAAGCAAUGUAAGUUUGAAAAAGCAUCACUUUUUGAAUGUAUUUCUUUGAUAAGAAAAGUAGGAAAGAGGAAGUAGGACCACAAAGUCUCGACACAAAUGUACAGAUUCUAGAUUGAUGGGAUCACGUAUUUCGUAAAGUAGUUCUGGUAAAUAGGUGUCCUGUAAGCUGUGAUUUGUAAAUCAGCAGCUCAGUAAUGAUUCAAAAACCAGCAAAAUUAAAAAAUGGGCCAUGUGCUGUAGUCUGUGGGCAACACUUGCAAGCGGCAGUGGGAGCCAGUGGGAGCCGGUGGGACCGUGCAGCUGCGUGGCUGUUGCUGGAGGCAUGGGUGCUACACACGGUGAUGCUCGUAGGGUAACAGACAUUACCAAUGUACCAAAUGAUUUCCAGUGAGAUGAAAAAAAAAAUAAAAAAAUAAAAUCAAUAAGCAGCUGAAAUGGUCUGUUUUUCCCACUGCAGCUUGCUGACCAUGUAACAGCAAGGACCCCCAUGCAGGUCACAGGCGCUCAUAAAGGCAAACAUGGUUAGGCAGCAUUUCAUGGAACCUUGCUGAUGCAGUGUUGCAUGGAGUUUAGGCUACGGAAUGGGACAUAAAAGUUGUGUUUUUACAAAUAAUAGAAAAAAUAAAUACACUGCAUCUGGAGAGCUUGCAUAAAUCGGCAUCUAAAAAUAACUUGACAGUUCCACCAUUGUCUCUCACGAGGUGUGGGUAGAAAAUGCUGGGGUUUAAAAUGCAACUGAAUAGGGAAAUGUAGCAGGCCACAGCCACUUUUAAAAGCUAACAGAGUCUUACCAAUUGAGAAAAUAAAAAUUUCCCUUUUUACUAUAUUUCUCAUGGAAGGCAAAAUAAAACCGCUCACAAAUUACUGCUUAGCAUCUCUUAAUCAUAAAGAAGCAGUUAAUAUGGAACUGCUUUUGCAAUAAUAAUUUAAGACUUUUAAUAACUGCUAAGUACAUGAAAAUGUAAGUCAAGAGUCUUCAUCUUACUUUAAUGUUUUCCAGUGAUCUGUGUACAGUGUCAGCACACUUCAUUUGGGCCUUGGGUUGUUUUCUUCUGCUGCAAAGGGAGUUGGCUUGGGAAAGUUCCUUCAUGUUGCAAUUGGUCUUGUCAGGUAAAUUAAUCCAAGAGGCUGGGGGCUUGCUUUUGUUUCCAGCUGUCAGGCAACAAUGCAGCGAGUUUUCUAGAGAGAGCAGCUGGAAAUAGAUGGUGGUUUCUGGAAUGCCUCAGGGUGAUGACCAGCAUCAUCAGAUGGCCACGUGAAGUCCUGGCAUUAGAAAACACGGUCCCGUGGUUUAUUUGAAAGGAAGGGGCUUGUGUAGGGAGAGUAAUGCCAGGGGAGGGGUGCGGCUGGCCAAUCCAUACACGAGACAGCUGCUGAAUUUGCCCAGGGACAUCAUUGAGGCCACUGACUGUUCCUGCAGGUACAGGUGGCAAUAGACACGUGGCUCCUGUCCCUGCUACCGGCGUGAAGCGAUGGCCUCUUGCAGAGAUUGCUUGUGCAAAGACCAAUGUAUUAUGAGGUGAAUCUCUUCCCUGGGAGACAAAAUGAGGGCUACAACAAUGUCACAGGACCCCAAACCACUUGAAGAGGUGCCUGGGGUGUCCUCAGUCUGUCUGGGGGUGCUCCAGGGUGCUAAGGAGAAACUUUGCAUUUCCAGACAAGUUCUCAUUUUUCAGAUUCAGAGUUCAACAUCUUCUGUUAGUACAACUGCUGCCUCUCCAAAUGAGCAACUAUGGUACUCUGGCUUUUGUUUCCCCCUGCAUUUCUCUGUGAGAUAACAUCUGAAUCAGGACAAAGUAGGAAAAUGUACCUGCGUCCUCCUUUCUGAGGGAAACCGUAUACUCAUGAAAUGUCAAACUCUGUGUAUAACACUUAGCAAGAAUGCUUUGUAAUAUUUUACCACUGGUUCUAAUUUUUAUAUUGGGAUCCCAUUUUCUAGCUUUCUUUUUGUAAGUGUUACCUCUUUGUUCUGACAUACAACUUUUAAGGAGUCUUUUUAAAAUAAUUUAAAAAAAAUUUAAAAAAAAGUUUAUACAGAAGAAAAACACAACACCUUCAAGUAUCUUGUCAAAUGGGCUGCAUUAGGACCAAAGAUGUAACGUCUUGUUUUCUUGCUUUAAAGGAAUAGGGUAUUGAUCACCACUUUCACAGCCUCUCAUUAAAGGGAAAAGCUACAGAUUUCCACUCCUCACUGGGGCUGGGCCAGACCUCCACUGAGCCAGGAGGGCUUGACAGGAGGGUGAAGCCUGUCCAUAGAAAACCAAACCAAAUAUCAGGACCAGGUAUCACUUCAGGGCCAGACCUACAACCUCUACUCUAUUUCAAUUCAUUGUCUACUCAAUGCAAUAGCUAAACAGGGACACAGUCAAGAAAAAAAAAAGAAACAAAUACAUGAUGUUUUGGCUCAGUAUCAGGAAAAAAUACAAUGAUGUGAAGAUGAGACAUGAUGAGAUAACUGCUUUUUAUGUGAGGAAGUGUGUAGGCAGGCAGCGAGACUUGAAACCGAUAACACUUUUGGUUAUGAAUUACUUUAAUUAUGUGGGGGAGUUGAAAUCACGGCGCUUCCGUGAUAGGCUUUCCUUUCUGCCACGUGUCCUGCCUCCAUUUGACAUCAUGUGUUUUGGCAGAUCACCUGUAUUACCAUGGCCACGUGGGCUAAAAGAAUUGCAGGUCGGUCAGAGGUACUGUGUGCAACCCCUCCUUCCUAUACAGGGGAGAGAAGAGUGCAGCGAUAGUAGGCUGUACCACCGUGGGAGGGCAAGCAAACCCUCAGUAGCAUCCAAACAAAGGGUUUCCUGAGGAAAAAUUGGUAACUGGAGACCUAGCCGGCAAAAGACACGCCACUUCUUGCACUGCUGAAGUCAGCAGGCAAAAUGCCUUCAGCCAAGAUUCAGAGCUGGUGCUCCACCAAUUUUGCACUCAUCCUCUUACGUGGUGCAGAUGGGGCUGUCUGGAUGCACGACAGCGUGGGCUUUCUGGUCUCUCUGUACCUCUUGCCUUGAAGUAAUGGAUUUUUGAGAUUAAUAAGGUGAAAACCAGAAAUCAAACCUGCAGCUAAAAACUGGACUGGUUGAAGGUGGUGUUCCUAUGUAGCUGAUAUAGUACAUCAUUUCCAUUUGCGCUGGAAUUUAUCCAGACCCUUUUCCUUACCUCUCACAAGCUAGCUGAAGAAUGUGCAUUUGCAACUGCCAUCAACGUCAUCCUCAUAUUUUAUGAAAGGGAAUAAGUGAAGUAGUUGUCUACAAUGGUAGGAGGCUUGGCUCACAUACCUAGGUUGCUUUUUAAAUCCUCCAUUCCUAAUAUCAUUCCCCUUGAAAUUAAUGGGAUAUUUAACUUGAUUACACUGAGAGUAUAAAACAAGGCUAAUGUUGAGUGAUUUUUGAAAAAUCCCUCGCAAUAAUCAGAGAUCCUAUGGAUCCAUUGCCUGUUCUAGGCUGCUUUGUAUUGAUGCAAUCAACCAAGUAUAAGGUAUAAUGUCUUGGUUUCAAUAAACUGUCAAGCAAUAUAUCCAUAGAUACAGACAGUACCCUCGCAGCAUUGUAAAGUUACUCAACUAUGAAAGCACUAUUUGUACAAUAAGAAACUCUUGACUUUUAUAUGGUUUAAUGGUUUAUACUGUUGUUCAAAGAUUGUUUGUAUAUUGAGUGAUAAAAACGAGGUGUAUAUUAUUCUUUUUAAUUGUUUUUAAUUUUUGGAGAACUUUUAUUGUAAUGUACUGUUGUGUUCGGGGGGAAGAAGAAUCAGUGGCUAGCUUUUAGGGUUUGUAGCCAGAGAAGAACUCACAUUAAGGGUUCUUUAUUGAUGGACUUGGAUUUUAAUUAUUAUUUUGUUUUCUGGUAAAAGUUGUCACCUUGGGGAUUUAUCCAGAGCUUAGUGAAGCUAAUAGCGGGACCCUUUCCUCUCUCCAAGACUCUUUGGCUCUCUGCAUGCACAGUGCUGGAGUUUCAUAAUGUGAGCAAUAAUACAGUAUAACACUUGUGACCAUUGGAAGUGCAAUAUGAAAGCCCAGGUGCUGCUUAUCAGGGCACUAAUAAAAGGUGCUCUUUUGAAAUGCAUGGCAGGUUCUUGCUUCACUUUUAUUACAAAAGCAGAGUCACAGUCAAAGCAAUCCCUCAAAAGUUGAUCCAUGUGUCAUUUGGCAGAUAAAGCCAUACCGCUGCCCAUUUACAAAUUGCAUAGCUAUAAGCUGUGCAACAGCAACACAGGGCUCCCUCGUAAGGAAAGGCAAAAUAAAGUCUCCACCAGAGUCAUGCUAGCGACUUAAACUGUUGUACUACGCUAUGCAGAAAGAGAAAUUCUGUUCACAAAGCCAGCCAAAUGAAGCCCCAGGGCCCCCUGAGUACUGCUGUUUCAUUAUCCAACUGGUGGAACAUGUAGCAAAAAUUAAAGGAAUUACAGGGUCCUCUAUGUAACAGAGCAAAAUACACUGGGUUGACAAGAUAGUAAAGAAGAGAGGAGCUGGAACUGUCAGUACACAUUCAGCCUGGAUAAGUCCCUGGUUUCAUGAUUAGUAAAUUAAAUUAAAUAAUUUUUGUCUUUAUAGAUGAACUUUGUACACAGGAAAAAAAAGCCACUACAGCACCUUUCUCAUUUUCAUCUUUCCAUCCAGUCCCUUCCAAUACGUAGGCUGCAUGUUUUACCAGCUCAACUUAUUUUAUGCAGAAAUGACGUAGUCUUAAUCUUCAUAUUACCGGUUCUCAGAAAUGUCUAAUGCGUAUUAAUGCAUGAUAUUUUUAUUUUAAUAAAAGUAAUUAAAUAAGUCUUUA